AAACGCAGGGCCUCACAGAGUCACAGAUAUCACAGUGACAUCUAUCAAAAUCAAAAUUUGAUCAGCUGAUCAUGCCAUUUGUUGGAUUGCGGCGUCUCAAUUGUUUUCUGCCGUCACUGGCCGUCACUGUCGGAUAUACACAAUAGAAGAGAGUGAAAGUGGCGAAUGGUGGUGGUGAAUUUGUAGUGUUUAAGGAACAACACGAACUCCCCUUUGACUGGGACCAGUUUUUAGAGAUUAAGGGGUGUAAUUUGUAAUCUUUGCAACCAUGUCCACCGCACUGCUUGCAGCUAUUGCUGUUAUUUUAUGUAUUCUCUUCAGAAUAUUGAAUGUAAAUAGCCAGCCUCAAAAACCCAAUGUACUGUGCAGCGACUAUAAGUUUUUAGACAACAUUCUUAGAAUUGCGCCCCUCCUAAACGAAGAAUACAUACCAACAAGAUUAUGGGGUUUCAGUGGGCAUGUCCAAACGAUCUUGCACAGCAUUAUAGGCCGUGUGAAGUGCCCUUGGCCUAUCGGUGAACGAGUUUUUAUGACUGUGACAGAUGGUACUACUGUAACCUUUGACAUGUAUCAGCCUUUAGAUACUAGUUUCUCAGAUGAUAUUAGCAUAGCAAUAUGUCCGGGAAUCUGUAAUACCUCAGAGAGUAUAUAUGUACGCACAUUUGUUCAUUGGGCUCAAUAUCAUGGCUACAGAUGCAUUGUACUGAACCAUGUGGGUGCUUUAAGAAACGUACCUGUUACAGCAGCGCGAAUAUUUAGCUAUGGAGAUACAAAAGAUUAUGAAUCAAUGAUUAGAAAUAUAAUUUCAAGAUACCCUAACACAAAAAUAGUUUGUGUUGGAUUCAGCUUAGGUGGUAAUUUGAUCACAAAGUAUCUGGGAGAGAAAGAAAAAGCUAAGCCAAAUAAUAUUAUUGGUGGUAUUUCUAUAUGCCAGGGAUAUUGUGCUCUGGGGGGAACGAAAUUUUUGUUACAGUGGCAGAACUUCAGAAGAUUCUACCUGUACGUGAUGACAGAAAACAUGAAAAACACCAUUUUGCGCCAUAGGAAGAUGCUCCUUUGCGAUGAAAUCCGCAAGAAGUACAACUUAAGCGAACACGAGAUCAUUUCUGCAGCAACACUUCCCGAAUUGGAUGAAGCAUAUACGAGGAGAGUGCACGGUAUGAACUCCAUUUCGGAGUUGUACAAAUGGAGUUCCAGUGUAAAUUAUUUGGAUAACAUUGAACUGCCUAUAAUAUUUAUAAAUUCUAAGGAUGAUCCUAUAGUGCCUGACCCGCUGUUGGAGCCUGUUAGAAAGCUAUCACAAGUAAAGAAGAACACAUGUUACAUCGAAUCGGCCCAUGGAGGCCACCUUGGCUACUAUGAAGGAGGCAUGUUGUACCCCAAUCCAGUGACGUGGUUGGACCGUACUCUAGUAGCACUGGUAGGAGCGCUUAUGCUACAUCACGAUGAUAAGGUGUUGAAAACGCGCAGCAGUUUAGAGGCAUGACCACAGUCCUACCUGCCCUUUUUACCAUUGGCGCUGCCAAAAUCGCCAUUAGCGUUCCUGAAACUGUUACAGACUUUGUGGGAGGUAUGCAAAGCCGCUUGGUUGGUUAUAUACUCCAAAGUAACAUGUCCCUCAGAUGCUCUCACUUUUUGGCAAAUAUAUUUCACCUCCAGAGAAUCAGAUUGUUCCGUGUGAGUUGUACUUGUGAUUUUUUGGUACCUUUCAGCAAAUGUGGUAGUUUAGAAGAAGCCUGUGAUGAUGUUUUUUGUCUGCAUUUUAACUGCCCUACUUAUUCAAAGCUGAAUGUUCUUCAUUUUAAGGUGCUCGCGAGAGGAUUUGGACAAGUAUAGGAUCUCCAUGUCGUUCUUUGUGUUUCUGUCACACUAUCUAAUCAUAUGUUUAACAGUUUGUACAAGCACAAAAGAUAUUGAAAAUGAUCCCUAUGCUUCACCGCUAACCCACUUGUACUAAAACUUCAAUUAAUUUUUUAUUUUGCUUCCUACGCCACAGGGCGAGGAAGUAUUGUAAUCGCGAAAAAUUCCGAAGAUAAGAUAUGUGGAUUUUGGAAAUGAUAUGUACAACGAAAAACCAUGUCACUCGUUCCGUCAGUCUGUCUGUCUGUCCGCUAAUCAUUGGCCUAUCUAUAACUUGCAAAAUACGCUUCGAUUUCGAUAAAAUUUUUACACAAGAUUACUAUUACGGACGAAAAAGCUCAAAAACGGGAAAAAAUUGCUCAAAAUUUGUUUUUUAACGUUUCAGGGGAUCAUUUUUGAAAAGAAUUAUAGGGUUUAAAAAUUAGGGGGCAGGAGUUGGUAGGUUUUUGGGAGGGUAUAUCUAAUUUUUUACAUUAGCAUAUUUAUACGUUCCCAACAACCUGGUAUUUCUACCCAUCUAGUAGCCAUAUUUCACACAUAUUGGUUUCCCCCAUACAUUUGUCGUUAAAACUUAGAAUGGUAGAGAAAUGUUUUCAAUUUGCGACUCCUGCUAUGUAACGAUGUGCUCGUGGUGCUUAGACAGAUAGACGGUAACCACAGGUAGGACAUGGAAUGUCUAUGGACUAAUUGUAUGGGCCUGUUUGACUAACUUGAUCAGAUCAGUUUUUCAAUUGUACAUGUUCAUAACCUUUUUUUUUCUCAGAGGGUUUAAGUUGUGCUGAACUUGAUCCUUUAAGAACUAGUGACGGCGUUGUGUAGGUAAUGGAGAGUCAACCUACUCGACGCGAUUUCUUUUUACAUGAUCCCUACUAACACCAAUACACUCAUUCGAUCAGUAUUCCUACAUUUCAACAGCCUUUCGGUAAUUUUUUUUACGGUUGCCAAAGAAACUAGACUUCUAUAGCAGAUACCACCUUUUGACCAACUGGAUAUUUCAUUUUUGGCAAAUAUUCUAUUAAUUUUGAAAUUACUCUAAAAUUACUGGAUCCCGAACCCGUAUUACGUAACCUAAAAAAUAACAUUAUAUCGGUUUUAAUGACAUCAUAUCGGUUUUUCCAAUUCAGUCGUUAACUUCAUGUUAACAACGGUAUGUGUUGCCUAAAUGUCAUGAAGUUUGACCUAUAUGGUAUCUCUCUGAUGUAAUGUAACAGAUAUGUCACCUUUGGAGGCCAUUUAUAGCUCUCAUGGCCUAAGCUGUAAGUUUUAUAAUAUGAACAUAAGUGGAAGGACGCACUGCACAGAAAUGAUUAUCGAUCUGUGUUGAUGAUGAUUCUGUUGAUUUUACAAAGCAUGCUGGCGAAAUGCGAGUCGCAGCAUCAUAGGCAACAUGGUCGUUGAGCUAUUCCUCCAUAGGUGGCGCUCACAGCAAGUAAGGCACAAAUGGCCUAGCGAGUACUUUAUACACAAGUUGACAUACCGAUUUUCAAUGUCAUGUGUCGAUUAUUUACGUAAUACCCCUCCAGGUCUGGCAAUCUACCAAUAAUUCAAAGCCUGCUAGGUGCAGAUCAGCCAUAGCAGUGAAGCAAGUAUGGCUGGGAGCAUUAUCCACUUGUUAGCUACCCCCAACGAUUCUCUUUAAAAUCAUAUCUCAAUUUUGAGAUUAAAUUCCAUAAAGCCCCCUGUAAUGUUACACAUUUUUAUUGCAUCUUGGAAUCGUAUAUCAUGCACUGUUUUGAUGUGUUUGCCAGUCGCUUUCGUUCCAGAUAGUCCACCACCAUGCUGGGUUCAAAUCUCUACACCAGAAAUUGCACAUGUACCCUCUAACAAUCGCCCCAAUAUUUUGAGCAGGCGUCAUACCCUUUUGUGCAGACAUUUGAUUACGGUUCUUUGCUCAGUUGUAUCCGUUCCUAAUAAAAUCAUUGUCACGCACGAACCAAAAAGCACUUAAAGUCGAAAUAGUUUGACAUACAAACUUAAUAUUUUGUUAACAUAGCCUAUUAAGGUCACUUGUAUUACUGUCAACAUCUAUCAAGGAUGUACAAAUGGUUCAGCGGCGGAGCAUAGGGUUCGUCACUAAUAGUUCUGGUCCUCUCUUGGAUUAAUAUCCUUUUGUAGUUUUAUUUAGUGACUUGAGCAGACAUGAAAACAAAUCCCCAAAAUUACUAGUCACUGUAGAUAAACAUUUGUUGAGAAGUACUUGUGUAGACGUUUGGAUGCUUGCUAUUCUUAAAGUGAUGUGCCUUGAUGGAUGCCUGGUUAUAUAUGCAGCACAAAAAUCCGUGCACGUUUAUAAAAGCUUUUUGCAUCCAUAAUCACCAUGUUGAACAUGGAGUAUAAAGUAUAAUUAACAUCCUGUUGGAUUUUUUAAUAUUGCUUCGAGCCAGUAUUGUACAAAUGAAUUUUUAAACUUCACACUAAUAAUAUUAAAAUUCAUCGCUUAAGAUCUAACACCGCGUAACUCAAAACUGACAAUUUUUAGGAGAGCAAAAAGAAGGGUGGUUGUCCCGAUUUUCUAGCGAAUGUUAUGCAUAUAUUACAAUCCCUCAUGUUUGUCUAGCCUCUAAAUAAAACCACAUACACUCCCGCUCAAAAGUUUUGGGACAGCAGAUUUUUUGAGGAAAAUCAAACCAAAUCAAACAAUAGAUUGUGUUUAAUCAAAAAAAUAAGAAAGGAACUGUUUUCCACUGGAACUCAGUUAGUUGGUAACUUAUUUCUAUCAAAAUUUACUUUAAAUUCAUGAUUCAUCGAAAUGUCCACCAUGAGCCCGAAUAACUGCAUGACAGACACACGACUCAUCCGACGUAUAAAAUUUUCAAGAAUAGUUGAUGAUAAGGAUACCUACGCUUCCUGCACUAGUAGGCUCUUGUUGCUUCACCUGUCUGUCCAAUUCAUCCCACUAAUACUCAGUAGGAGACAAAUCUGGGGACUGGGAAGGCCAUGUCGUUAUUUUCAUUGCACCAAGUUCUUACUGCUGGUCCAAAUAAUUGCGGCAUAGUCGAGAUGAAUGCUCAGGGUCGUUGUCUUGCUGAAAUUCGAAAUUGUUUCCAACAAUCCUUUUUCCUGAGGGAACAGCGUGGUUUUUCAAUAUUUCCAAAUUCUGCUCUUUUCGCAUAUACCCUCAAUACAAACCAAAUCUCCUGUUCGAUUUCCAGCAAAAUAGCCCCAAAACAUUACACUCCCACCUUCAUGUUUAACAGUGGGCUGCAAACAUUGCGGAGCCAUGCGUUUAUGGGGUUUGCGGCGUACAAACUGUCGUCGAGAUCCGAACAUUUCGAAUUUGGAUUCAUCCGACCAAAGGACUCGAUUCCAAUCGUCAGUGGUCCAAUCGUUGCGUUUUCGAGUCAAUGCUAACCGGUUGAGUUUAUGUAUAGGUUGCAGGAGUGGUUGGCAUUCUGCUACACAUCCUCUAGGGUUAGCCCUUAGUAAGCGGCGUUUUACCGUGGACAUGGACACAGGGUUUUCCCUCGUUCUGUUCAAGCUGUGUGUGAGUUCAGGCGAAGUUAAAUGUCUAUUUCGCUUAUUUGUUAUUACUAUAAACCUAUCCCCAGGAACAGUUGCAACUCUGCGUCUUCCCUAGCUUGGACGAUCUACGACACUGCAUGUUUCUCUCUUUUUCUUCAAAAUUUGAGACACCGGGCUACGUCCCAAAUGCAGCUUUUCAGCAAUCGCUCGAAUUGGCAGUCCCUCAUCACAUAAGGUACAUACUGCACCACGUUUUUUAAGAGAAACGUUACCCGUCUUUCCCAUUUUCCAUUAUUUUGGAAAAAUCUGACCCUAGCACAUCGACUAGUAGUACAAUUUUUACUUUGUUUCAUUGAUACCCAGAAUGUUUAAGUAUCACAUUACGCCGAACAUAAUACAUAGUACAAAACAAAGUAAGCAGCGGAAGGAAAUCGGCCGAUUUAUGACUGCAGUGAACUAAUAAAAAUAUCGGCGUCUCUAAAGAUGUUUACAUUUAUUCCCUUUUAAGUGGUUUUUCGCUGAUUCUUUUACAUCUUUAGCUUGAGUAGUCAUAUUAUCGAUGGUAAUAAUCAAUCAAUGUCAUAUAAGCCUUAUUUAUUUUAAGUUCUCUUAAAAAAAGUUUCUGUCACAAAAUAUUUGAGCGGUAGUGUAUGCUUGAAAUACUGUUUACUAACUACGUUUCUGCCACUGCUGUGGCCUUUUCCAAGUUCGUAGAUAUUUUCAUUUUUUGAGUUACGCGGCUCGCACUUGAGCGUCGAUAUAUAAAAAGGAAUUACCACCAAAAUGGUUCAGAUUUUUUAUAUUUAUCAGUUUCUUUAGGAAAAUUCUUCAUUUUCAUUACAAAAUGAAUAAGCAUAAGUUCUAGUGUGAAGCUUUCCUGUAGACUCAAGUUUCAGAUAUGUUUUAUGAUGGUUCGAAAAUAGCACAUUUAUAAUAGUUAACUAUUUUUGUUUUUAUGCAAAGUGUGAAUUAAGUGACAUUCCCGAUACAGACAGAGUUGAAGGGUAAACAGAAAUGUCUUCGCUAAUAGAUGCUAGCACUUAUCACAGUAAUUGGAACAUUUGUGAGACUGUUCAGCGUAACCCAGGAAACAAAAUAAAACAGAAGAAUCAUAACCAAUAGAUUGAAAUAAGAAUCACAAACAGAUUCAGAAAAUAAGUAAAAGGAAAUAUACCAAAAAACAACUAGAACAAAAUUAAAUGUGUAUAUAUAAACUAAUUAUUAAAGUGACACUUAUUUUCAAGAACAAUUAUAUUCUACUAAAAGAAAAUUCCUAAACUUUGUUUUAAAAGCUGACACAUGAAUAGACUUAAAGUUUGUGGUAACGUGGUUGCAUGUACAAGCGACACAUAAAAUGUAAAUGUGUAAAAUCUAAUCUGAAAUGAACGUUGCUGAACGAUGCACUGAGAUUUUUUAUACUGGACAGGUUUAAAAAUUGUAAAUUUAAUGUAUGCGAUAAAUUAGACAAUUCCACAAAACUAUUUCAUUAUUGUGACUAAAUAGUGAUUUACUCUUAGUGAAACAGCAUUUCAGAGAUCUGUGAUGUUUAAUAAGAGUCUAGGUAAAGAGGUACGUUUUCUUUUGGUGCUAUGUCAGUGGAUCUGUGAUCUGUUAACUCCAUUAAAUAUUUUAUGAAGACACUUAUUUGGUAGCAAAACUAAUUUUGUUUAGAAAAAAUAAUUCAAUAGUUCUAACAGUUAUGGUAUUUUGAUACAUAAUCAAAACAUACGCAGGCAAAAAUGCAUUUGUUAAACUUUUAGGACUCAUCAAAGCAAAAGUUUCAAGAGCCGCGGGGAAUGAUAAGUUGAAACCUAAUCCAACUAGGUGGUAGAAAAAAUUGGAGUCAAAUGAAUAAAUUUAACUAUUCAGCACUCAUGAACUAAUUCCGAGACAAAAAAAUAAGAAACAAAGUGCGUAAUCUUUACGGGUUAAUUGUGGCAUGAUAUUUUCUUUUGCGUAUCAAGUUGAACAACUAGAAAUAGGGAAGGUAGCGCUAGUUCAAACAACGGCCACAAGGUUGUUCCUGCAUACAAAACAAUGUUUUGCCUCAAUAUCACUGCCAGUACCGCCAUACAGUUUAUGUCCAGAUUUAUGGUAUUCAUAUGAACCUUAAAUAUGUGCUCUUAAAAUAUUGUCCUAUUGAAUUAUACAGGCUGAGUUUGUAAUGUGUCAUUUAUUAUGCAUGCAAUCUAAAAAAGAUGUUUACAAAAAUUGUAGUCAACGGUAUAUGUUCCUUCUUAAAUUAUUUGUUUCCCUAAAGAGUGGUUCGUAACUACAUGGUGACCUAAACGUCCAUUUGUUUAAAUGGAAAGGUCUACAUUUUAUAGCAUAUUUGGAUAAACCCUUACAAAGGAAGCAAUUUCAUAUAACAUACUAUAUGGUUUUAUUUUCAAAUUGUUGAGAUAUUGGACAAUUUAUCGAAAACUCGCAACUCCGCGACUGUUAUAGCUAGACUACUGAAUUUUUCGUCGGGAAUAUUUUAUAAUCCCAUAUUUUGUUCCUAUCUACUUGCUUUUUCAGUUUUACAGGCAGUUUAUACAGGAUGUUCAUGAACGAAAAAUAAACGAUUAAUCAAAAUAUUUCAAUAGAACACCCAAUAUAUAUAUUUUUACAUUCCUUGAUUCCCAUUUCUACAAGUUUUUUUAUAUAAAUUGUAUGGAGAUUUGUACGUCUGGUUUUUGAGUCACAGCUAUGUCUCUUGUAAAUCAAAUAUCAAGGUAUAUCAAAAAUAUCACAAUAUCUUAACCAAUAAAAAAUAGCAUUAGUUGGUUACAGUACAUCUUGUAUCUGAUGUAUGUUCAUUAUAAAUUAAAUGUACCCAGCCUCAUGCAAUAAAGUCGAAAAGUAAAGGUAUUGCUGUAUUUUUUGUAACUCAACCCGUGGUACAAGCUCCCAUAAACCUUAUAUCAGAAAACAAACUUGUGAAAAGGGGAAAAAAGUGAAAAAACACAGGGUGUUCCAUUUGAAAGUUGUGAGGAGUAGUUCAUUUUGCGUCAUUGACCACCCUUUAUCCAAGAACCUGAAAAAGUAUAUAGGGACAAAAUAUGGGGUUAUACAUUUUUUGAUGAAAGAUUCAGUACUCUGAGGUUUGUGGGGAAAAUAAAACCUCAUAGUAUGUUAUAUAAAAUUGGUUCGUUUGAAAAGGCCUAUCCAAAUGUGCACUAAAAUGUAGGGCUUUCCACGUAAAAAAUCAAUGUGUGUGUCAGCACGCAGUUAUGAACCACCCUUUAGAAAUAAAUAUAUUUUCCAAGAAGCAUACCGUUGGGUGCAAUUAUUUUAUUUAACUUUUUUAGAUAACAUGCGUAAUGACGGGGAUAUCGAACGAGCCUACACUAAAAACUGGCCCUGUGUAUAAAGUCAUACUAGCGUCUUAUGUUUUUCGCCAGUUUACCAAGUUUUACAAAGCCUUCUAAAAUCCUUUUUGUACUUUACGAGUUCUAUCAGUGGUUUUCCGUAUCACAAACUCCCACAUGAAUUAUCUAAAGAGGUUUUUCCAGGCAAUGCCAGACCGUUUCUAGUCAAGUCAUAACAAUUGUUUAACCUUGCAUAAAAAUUUAAAUUUCUUAUAAUUCCAUGAAUUGACAAGCUUACCCGACUUUCUUAUAAUAGUGGGAACAGUAACUAUGGGCGCCCAUUAGGGGGUGGCAAUUGGGGCUAGGAACCUGUAGCUCCCGCUUGAGUGCCCUUAUUUUGUAAUGUAGUACCAAUUUUUGGUUUAUUUUUGUAUCGCUACAUAGAAAUUAUUUUUUCUCCCACCACCUUAAACAGCUAGCAACUCUGCUUCAAAGUGGUUGACUGUGCGUGUAAGCCUAACCUGCUAUAUGAGCGCCCACGGAUGUAGCUGAAACCCAUACAAACAAUUGAAUGAAACAUUGUGAUCUUAGGUUAUUGUGUCUAGCAUUUCGUAUAGACAUUUUCAUUUUCAAAUAAACUGUUUCACUUAGCUUUACAAUUUUGAAACGGUUUGAGUAAUCAGUAUUAGUCUACAGAUUCUACAGGGUAUCUUUACUCAAUGGUUCAUAUUUAUUUGCACUCAAGUCUGACACAAAAUGCAGAUUUUUGUCUAAUAUAAAGGAAGUAAAUGUGAUGUAAUGCUUAAUAAACAUGGUUUACACUUCAAGAUUAAAAUCUUCCAAUAACAGUUUAGAACUGCACAGAUUUGCCCACGUUGGAGUAGCUUUGAUAUUUUUUCAACUAUAUUAAGAAAGGAGUCUCCCUAAAAAGUUAGUUUCCUAAACUGACCCUAGAAUUAUUACACAUGCGUGGCUCAUUCCAACCAUUGCAUUACGUUUUCUUCUAUGCUUAUCAUACACUUACAUACAUAUGUCUAUGGGUAUUACAUAGAGAAAAUUUAGUCUAUUGCGCAGAAUUAUGAAAUAAUUAUUCCCUAUUUGCGGGGACCUUUAUACACCUAUAAGACCUUAAUGUUAUACAUACCGAUGUCUCAUGUAUUUAUAUGAAUGUUUGAAUAUAAAUGAACAAGUUCAGGUUUCGACUAGAAACUGUAUUAUGGAUUUUUGUACUAUACUUAUUUUCAAUUUUAUGAUUAUAUUCAUGUGAAUCGCAUUCAAAUGUUCACUUCCAUAACCAAAAUAUGCCACUUCUUUUUAUUUUCGAGACAUAUUUAUCAAUGUUAAUAGUGUUAGUUGCAGUUAAAAGAUGGAAAUGACUUUUUGUUAUGUUUUUUCAUUAAUAAAUUUUUGCGCAGUGA